AUGCCUUUACAAGGACUACUGGGAAGACGAAGAAUCGGUGGGAAGCAGCGUCGAUCGCCCAUUCCAAUUCAACAUGUUAUUAUUGUCGGAAGUUUAAUCAUCGUCGCUCUUUAUGCCGCUGGUUUAUUGAUGAUUGUUGGAAAAGGUCACAGCGUGGCGCCUUCAAGCGAAAAUCAAGCUGUUGUAGAAAAAACGAAUGCACCAAUGCGAAGUAAGGUUGAUGGAAGCGUCGAUGCUGGAUCAAAUGGUAGAUUUGGGAAGGACGCAAAUCCAGCCACUCAACCAGUUCAAAUGUUAUCAUCUACAACUGAUGCGGAGACCAUAGGGUGGGCAGUUACCAUUACAGGUUGCGGCUCGGAUCCCAUAACAGAGGGCGCGGCUGUCCUGAAGCAUGCAGUCCAUUUAACAUCUAUACACGGGAAUGGUCGCUAUAAUUACAAGAUGUACGCAAUAUAUCACCCCGAUGGAGAAGCCUGUGCACUCACUUUAAAGGAUCUUGGAUAUGAGUUGAUCCAACGAGAAACACCAGUUGCUGUCAAGGAUAUUGAGGGGAAAUUCUUAAGAGAAAAAAUUGAAUCGAACGGGUGCUGUGGUGAGAAGGAACUAGUAAAGCUUGAAGCGUACACUCUGACAGAACACCCAGUGGUUGUACACUUGGAUCUAGAUGUAGUUGUUCUGAAACCGAUGGAUGCACUAUUUGAUAUGAUGAUGGCAAAGUCACCAGAUGACUGGGACACGAUCAAUGUGCCAAUAAUGUGGCCGGAAAAAAGUCUUCCAGAGAAAGUCAAUGCAUUUUUCACGCGGGACUACAAUAUGGUCGGCCCGGGUCGAACCUAUAAGCCUGUCCAAGGGGGUUUCCUCGUGCUUCGUCCAGAUAUGAAAGUGUACGAGGAAUUUGUUCGCAUAAUCAAGAAAGGAAUUGACAAGGAGGGAACGGGAUGGGGAGGAAUAGUAGGUCCUUUCUAUGGCUUUAUGACGUUUCAAGGUUUAAUUCCAUAUUACUACGAUGUUUUGCACGAUAAUGAAGCCAUUGAACUCAGCCGAUGUAUUUACAACCAAAUGGCAGACAAUCCAAAAGACAAGAGGACAAUAAACGAUAUCCCACAGGGAAGGUGCCGGACUAACCAAGAAGAGUGCGAAGACUGCAGAAACCGCCCACUUGAAGACGUGGUCUCGGCGCACUUUACUCUUUGCCAGAAGCCGUGGUUAUGUUUACCACAGGAUUCAGAUAUCAUUCAGCUGCGUCUGUGUCGAAAACUGCACCAUCAAUGGUAUAGAAUACGGAGCGACUUAGAGCAAUCCUGGGGUCGAGAGGCUUUCGGCAAUGGGACAUACCAAAAGGAUCACUUCUUUGGUUUCUGCACCAAACACGGAAAGCUGGGAUAUUUGGAUAUCGAGAAGCCCUACGGCGCACCGAUUCCGAAAUGA